CUACGCUGCGCACCGCACCUACGGAAAAGGUGGCUUCCUUCGUCAAUGCCGUUGCUUGGCCUCCUGCUUCCUCGACGCAGCCUGUUCGUUUCCCUUUUCGCCUUGCUUGCCCUCGCCUCGCCAAUCCAUUCAUCAACGCCCGACUCCAACGGCCACAACAUCUCCCCGCCGAACACUCGGAGCCUCGCCUGGCAGCGGGUUUGCGGCCUCUUUCCAUUCAUCCAUGUCGCCAUAGACAGUACCAGCACCCCUUACCAGCCAGACCAGACCCUCGCCUCCUUCCAACGCCAGGCGUGUCGUGUCGCACGUACCACCUCCUGAGCGAAAUCUCCUACCGACCGGGCGUGCUCCCAUCGACUUGUUUGUCACAGUAUACGCGUCCGUCCGGUCCAGACGGCCGUACACAAAAAGCCGCCGCCCUCUGCGAAACGUUGCGCGCCGUCGUGCCGCCUGCCAUUCGCCGUCGCAUCACCCUGCUCUGCGCCGAAUCGAAUUUCCUUCCGCGGGCUGGCUGCAGUCUUUCCUGAUCGCUUGCCUGGUCUCCCUGCACCAGGCGAGGUGCAACAUCGCCCACGAUGAGGCCACAUGCCCUCGCACUCCUCGCCGGGCUCGCGACCCUGGGCCAGGCGCAGUCUCUGGGGGAACGUGAUCCCGACAAGGAGGGCACCACCUUCAAUGGACUCUCCGUCCCGCCGCUGCUGGAGCUCACGCCCGCCAACUGGGACAAGGAGAUUGCGCAGUCGCGCUGGAUGCUGGUCAAGCACUAUAGCCCGUACUGCCCCCACUGCAUGGCUUUUGCUCCCACGUACCAGACCCUCUAUGAGUACUACUACACGUCGAAACCCGCCGAGGACACCUCCUUCAUCAAGUACUACGACUUCCGCUUCGCCACCAUAAAUUGUGUCGCCUACUCCGAUCUCUGCCAGGAACACGACGUGCAGUCAUACCCAACGACGGUCUUGUACGAGAAUGGUGUCAGCAGCGAGUUCGUCCGGGGUGCCAAGGACAUGGACGAAGUUAGCCAGAUGGUCGAACACGCCCUUGAGAAGACGCAUCCUGGUUCGUGGCCCAAAGACGCCGUUCUGCCCAAGCCUGGCGACACCACCGGCCCCAAGGUUGCCGCCGGCACCAAGGCAUCCGAGGAGCUGGUUGACCCGGCCAAGAAGCCUUCUUCUGACAACCCGACGGAGAAGAACGACAAGGCCAAGGCUGCUGGCACCGAGAAGUCGAGCCCAGCCUUUGGCAGCGACUGGAAGGUGUCCACGUCUGGCGACAAGGAGAAGGCCAAGGGCAAGGAACCCAAGAAGCCCGUGGCCACGCACAACCCCGACGGCGCCUCGGUUGCCCUGACGGCAGAGAGCUUCCAGAGGCUCGUGACUCUGAGCCAGGACCCGUGGCUCAUCAAGUUCUAUGCCCCUUGGUGCCCGCACUGCCAAGCCAUGGCUCCCACCUGGCAGCAGCUCGCCAAGACCAUGCGUGGCAAGCUCAACGUCGGCGAGGUCAAUUGCGACAAGGAGUCGCGCCUGUGCAAGGACGUCGGGGCGCGAUCGUACCCGACCAUCAUGUUCUUCAAGGGCGCGGACCGCGCCGAGUACACCGGGCUUCGGGGCCUCGGCGACUUUGUUCAGUACGCCGACAAGGCGGUGGAUCUGGCCAGCGGCGUCCCCGACGUGGACGCCGAGUCGUUCAAGGAGCUCGAGCAAAAGGAAGAGGUCAUCUUCGUCUACUUCUACGACCAUGCCACGACGAGCGAGGACUUUAGGGCCCUCGAGAGACUGCCCCUGGGCCUCAUCGGCCACGCCAAGCUCGUCAAGACCAAGGACCCCAAGAUGUUCAGCAGGUUCAAGAUUACGACCUGGCCCAGGCUGUUGGUUUCUCGCGAAGGCCGCCCCACGUACUACGCACCCUUGACGCCCAACGAGAUGCGGGACGUCAACGGCGUGCUCGAGUGGAUGAGGUCCGUGUGGCUGCCUCUUGUCCCCGAGCUGAACCCGUCCAACACGCGCCAAAUCUUUGACGGCAAGAUUGUGGCUUUGGGCAUCCUCAACCACAAGGACAAGGACGCCUUUGCGACGUCGCUGCGGGAAAUGAAGAGCGCGGCGAACGAGUGGAUGGACAGGCAGAUCCAGGAGUUCCAGCUUGAGAGGAAGAAGCUCCGGGACUCGAAGCAGAUGAGGAUCGAGGAGGCAGAAGAUCGCGGCGACCAGCGCGCGUUGCGUGCGGCUAAGGCGAUUCGCAUCGACAUGGGCAGCGCCGGUCGUAAGGAGGUGGCGUUUGCCUGGGUCGACGGCACGUACUGGCAGCGCUGGAUCCGCACCACCUAUGGCAUUGACGUCAAGGACGGUGAGCGCAUCAUUAUCAACGACGAAGACAAUCGGAGAUACUGGGAUAACACGGUCACGGGCAACUACAUCCUUGUCAGCCGGACGUCCAUCAUGGAGACGCUCGACAAAAUUGUUUACGGCCCGCACGUCAUCAAGCACAAGCUCACCAUUUCGGCCAUUGAGAAGGUUUUCUUCGACAUGCGGGUGGCCUUCUCGGAGCACCCCUAUCUCUCGUUUGGCUGCGUGGCGGGCAUUGCGUUCGGGCUGUACUCUUGGUUGCGGGGCCGCAGCCGUAGACGCGGCGGCCACUUUCGGCUGGACGACACCAUGGGCAUCAAAGAGCUGAAGGAGGGCCUGCUGGGCGUCAAUGGUAAUCAGAAGGCGGAUUGAGGGAGGCGAGCAGUUUUACAGCAAGAGACGGAAGCAUGAUUCAUCAGCAAACAGCGGCCGGGAUUUUGGCAGAUUACUACAGGGACGGACGACGGCGGAUACGGUCGUUUGGCCUCGUUUUCGGUUGAAGAAUGCGCGGGUGAGGACACUGGACCUCUUCAUGCAUGGCCCUAGGGGAAGAUGCGUCUUAUGUCGGCCCGACCACGUGUUGGAUUUCUCUCCCUCUCCCUCUCUCCGACACCCCGCUCGCGAGAGGAGUCAGCCAGUGGAUUUGCUCGGCCGCGGGUUAAGCGAGAGGAUUUUGCGGCGCGUCUGCGGAAAGUGAGAGGGGACACGGAGUUCCGGGGUUCGUCCAAGACUAUGGCUUUUUACGCCUGCACAUGGCAUUGACAGUGGUGGAAACGCGGGCUUGUUUGCAUAGGUUAAUCUACCCAUUUUCGAUGAUGCGGGCUGCG